AUGAACUUAAGCACCAAAAAAUUGCAAGAUCUGAACAAUUGCAGCACCUUAGCCACAGAGCGAGCAAGUAAUGGCAGCGUCCAACGGGGGGGUGAAAGCGGCCGGAAGAAGACCGUCAUCCGCCGGAUCAAGCAGGACGAUGCCACGCACGUCUGCUUCUCCAAGGGCUGCGUGGGGUUCUUCAGCAAGGCGAGCGAUCUAGCGGUCCUGACCGGCACCCAGGUGGCCGCUCUCACCUUCUCGCCCGGUGGCAAUGCCUUCUCCUUCGGCCACCCCUCUGUCGACACCGUCGUGGAACGCUUCCUGGUGGGGAAGGGUGCCGGGGCUGGCGCGAGGGAGGAGGGUGCUGCCAGUGAUGAUCAGAAGAUGGAGAAGCGGCACCAGGAGUUUGACGAGAUGCGCACGGACCUAUCAGAGGUGAAGAAGCGGACCGAGCGCGAGGAGGUCUCCGCGAAUGAGCGUGACACGGGGGAGCCGAUAGCGGCUUGGGUUGACCCGAAUGUGCGCGACAUGGGGGACGAGGACAUGGUGGCCUUCUUCGCCGCGCUGAUGCAGGUGAAGGACAUUGUCUCCGAACGCGCCAACCAGGUUCUCUUGCGCGUGGACGUGAGCCGCAUGAAGGAGCAGCAGAUGUUGAUGGAGCUGCCUCUGGCACAGGCAGUCACCGCCGGGAUGGAUAUGCAGGAGAUGCCUCCACCGCUGGUGUUCGCCGCGGGGAUGGAUAUGGAGGAGAUGCAGAUGGUGAUUCCUCAUCUGCUAGGGUUUGACGAUGAGAUGGGGAUGCCUCUGUCACCUGAGAUCCCUGCUGGGCUGGAGACGAACGCCGACUUCCUGUUCCCGUAUUGA